AUGAAACCUGCCGCUACAUUCGCGACAUUCCUGGCGCUGAGCAUGUUUGUUGCAACGGAUAGUGCGCCAAAUGCACCUGUACUUCGUAGCCUACGUAUGAACGCGGACAUACCCGCGGUCAAAGAAGAUACCGAUGAAAGCAGGAAGGACCACCACCAUCACCAUGUUAAGAAAGUCAAGAAAAUCGCGAUUCCUGUCCCUGUAGAGGUACCACAGUUCAUUCCUGUUCCCGUCAGCAUCCCUUCUACAGUGGUGGCCAGCUCCGACACUGCCGUCGUUGACUCCACCACGAAUGUCGUCUCCAACAACGUCGCCGCCACCGAUGUUGUUGCCCCAGUUGCAUUAGGGACCAACGUGGCACCGGUACCUGGAGCUCACAGCGAGAGAUCGCAACAGCCAGGAGCUGCCUCAGCCGUCCCUCAGUCUGGUGACGUAGGUAUGGCCGGGGCUCCAUCGCCGCCAGGUUUCGGAAAUAACAACAAUGCGCUUGGAGCUGGACUCGGCGCUCCAGGUGCUGCUGGUGGACUUCUUGGAAACACCGGUGGGUUUGGCGGAAAUACCAUGGGCGCCCUCGGUGGUGGCUUCAACGGCGGUGGCAAUCGAAUGCCAGGUUUCGGUGGUCGUGGUGGUGGUUUUGCUGGUGGUAGUAAUAUGUUCGGUGGAGCUGGUGUUGGCAUGGGUGGCUUCAACGGGAAUGGUGCAAGUGGAUUCGGACAGCAGAUGGGGUUCGGUGCACAAGGUGGAAAUGGGUUUGUUGGGAUCGGAGGACAGGGUGCAAGGGGGAACUUUGGUCAGAGUGGCAACAAUGGGUUCAUCGGUGGCCAGACUGGAUUUGGAGGUGCCGGUACGGCUAGUGGCAAUGCGUUUGGUCGUGAAGGCUUUAAUCGCCGCGAGCGUCAGCGUCGUCGUUGA